GCAACCCUGGUUGCCAGCUGCAGACGCUUGUUUACAUUUUGCAUCUUUACAUAACGAACUCAGUAACUCCAGUACAUAAGCACACUAUGGCACUUUUCGAGAUGAAGUGGCUGCGCCGCUGGGUGAGGCGCAACACGAAUCCCAUACCGGAGCACCGGGCGGAGCUGUGGAAGCGGCGCUUGAGCAUCGGGUACGCCGUUCUGGCCUGGCAGGCAUUCGGCCUCGUUUGCUACAUGGUCUACACCGGACGCAACGACUGGGCCAAGUACUACGGCUACAAGACGGAGGAGGAGCUGGCCCUGUCGCCGGCCCAACAGUUCGCCAAACACCUGAAGGUCGAGGGCAGCGGCAAAAUCAUCAGGUUCUCCGGAUUCCACAAGGUGGAGGAGGUGCCCUUCGACGCCAGCGAGGUGGACCGGGUCAAGGAGUAGCUGUAGUUCCCACCAGCUCAGUGAACCAUCAUUUUUUUUUAGCCAUCGAAACCGUUGUGGAUCCAAAAUGGUUUCGCGUCCCCGAGCAUCAGAUACAUCUUGAUGGGAUAGAAGGACACUCUUAAAUUUCUUGUAGUGUUCUACAUUUAAAUUUCGUAAGAGAUUAAAAUGAUUUCAAAUUUAA